AUGGCUGAGGGAAGCAACUUCGAUUAUCUCUUCAAGGUCGUCCUUAUUGGAGACUCUGGUGUCGGAAAGUCCAACUUGCUCUCACGAUUCACGCGUAACGAAUUCAACUUGGAGACGAAGUCCACGAUUGGUGUCGAGUUUGCGACGAGGAGUAUCUCUGUAGAUGGCAAGACGUUGAAGGCGCAAAUCUGGGAUACUGCUGGCCAGGAGCGUUACCGUGCGAUUACCGCUGCAUAUUACCGCGGGGCUGUCGGUGCCCUACUCGUGUAUGAUAUCGCCAAACACGCGACCUACGUCAACGUCACACGCUGGCUGAAGGAGCUGCGCGACCAUGCCGACUCCAACAUUGUGAUCAUGCUCGUGGGCAACAAGAGCGAUUUGAAGCACCUACGCGCCGUGCCUACUGACGAGGCAAAGGCGUUUGCGACCGAGAACGGUCUCUCGUUCAUCGAGACGUCCGCCCUCGACGCCAGCAACGUCGAGUCGGCCUUCCAGACGAUCUUGACCGAUAUCUACAAGAUCGUGUCGCAGAAGCAGUUCGAGCCCAGCGCGGACCCGAUCAAGCCUUCUGGUGGCGAGUCCGUCGUCAUCCCACCCACGGACACGGCGACAACCAAGGCUUCGGGCGGAUGCUGCUGA